AUGCUGCAACGUGGGGUGGUGCGUCUCGGACGCGGCGUGCGCGCGUCCGCGGCCCUCUCGCGUCCUUCGGCGUCCAAGAACUUCGCAUCUACCAGCGCGCGCUUCAGCUCGUCGCGCCUGCGGUCGGUGGCCCCCAUUGCUUCCUCUCCGCUGCUGCAGCGCGCUGGUCUCGUGGCCGCCGCCAGCACCAGCGCCGCCUGCGCCUUCUGCUCUGCGCCCGCCGUGGAUGCCGCGGCCGUAGCGAAAGAGGGCGGCAAUGCUCUGCCCAACGUCGUUCUCUACCAGUACGAGCCGUGCCCGUACUGCUGCAAGGUGAAGGCCGUGCUGGACUACCUGAAUAUCCCGUAUGAGGUGGUGGAAGUGAACCCCCUCACCAAGAAGGAGACCAAGGCCUUCACGGACUACCGCAAGGUGCCGGUGGUCCGCAUCGACGACGAGGUUGUGGUGGACUCCUCCGCUAUCAUCUCGCGUCUGCGUGAGCUUGUCCCUACCCCCGAGGGCUCGCACCAGCAAGAUGAGGACGCCCUCGAGGAGGAGGAGAAGUGGCGCCAAUGGGUCGACAAGAAGCUCAUCCUCCUGACGCCGCCUAACAUUUACCGCACUGUACCGGAGGCGCUGCAGGCGUUUGACUACUGUCUGACGGAGGGCAAGUUCACGCCCAUGGAGCGCCGCAUGUCCAAGUACGCCGGUGCUGUGAUCAUGUACCUGAUCGCCAAGCGCUCCAAGAAGAAAUACGGCAUUGACGACGAGCGCCAAGCGCUGUACUCGGCGCUGGAUAGCUGGGUGGACGCUAUCGGCGACAAGCGCGCGUUCCUUGGAGGUGACGAGCCCAACAUGGCUGACCUGUCGGUCUUCGGCGUGCUCCGCGCCAUGCACGGACUGGACACGUACAACGACAUGAUGCGUGAAACGAACAUCGAGCCUUGGUUCACGCGCAUGACUGCUAAGGUCGGCCCCAGCUCGCGCACGGCUAGCAACUAG